AUGCAAAUUGUUGAUACCCAAAAGAGUGACCUGGGUACUAAUAAUCUCGAUACUCUUCGGAGCUUGCGCAUCUUGGCGACAGUGUACCAGGAUCAAGGCCUUUAUCACAAAGCCGAAUCGCUUCUUACACAAGUCAUCGAUACUGGUACCAAGGUGUUUGGCACCGACCACCCUCAAAGCAUUAUAAGCAUGAGUCAACUAGCAAUCUUGUACUUGCAUCAAGAGAAAUCAUCAGAGGCCGAAACAGUACUCGUGGACGUUACCGAAAUCUGCAAGAGGACACUCGGCGAGGAGCAUACAAAUACCGUGGGUCCGAUGAGACUUUUAGCGUUCGUAUACACACAUCUAGGUCGGUGGCAAAAGUCAGAGUCUCUGUACAGGCAACUUCUCGAUACCUGUAAGAGCAAACAUGGAGCUGAAGAUCCUUUGACCUUGACCAUCACGCAUGACCUUGCCAUUUCCCAGGGUAUGCUAGGUCGUUUUACAGAUGCUCAAAGCUUGUUGAGAACAUGUGUGGAGAUACGGGCGAGACUACUAGGUCCUGAUCACCCUGACACUGUGAAAUCUGUGGAAUGGUUGAAACUAGUUAGCACAGCGCAUGAAUCGUUGGAGGCAAUCAAGGAAUGA